GUGUUGGUGCUGCACAGACCGCUGCCAUCACAACCGCCUGGCAAAAUAGACUUCUGCAAUGGGGAGGCCGCUGCAUGCGCUUCAUUCCCUCGGGGCCUUUCUCUGCCGCCUCUCACUCAUCCUCCGCGCCCUUUCCCUCCUCUGCCUGGCGCAUUGCAGCCGUGACCUGCCUGUUCACUGCCUACAUGGCGACUUGCUCGGCGAGUGGCUCUUCCACAUCGGUGAGUGGCUGGACUGUGAUGGCGGCAAGGCUGACCCCUUCUGUGGCUUCUCCCUGCCCGAUUCUGAGGACGCCCACGACGAGCAGACGCCGCCCAUCUCCACGUCGAGCAAGUUUCAUGAGAAGAGGAGAGUGACGGGGAAGCUGGAGAGAAUCGACGUGAGUAUGGGAGACGGAGCGGCGGGGAUAUGGACACCGGUAUAUGACGAGGGGAUUCAUAUGGAGACACUUCUCAAGAAGGACAAGCCGCACACUCUAUGGUUCGCUUCUUCAAGUAUAGAACGACAACCACACAGGAACGGCAGCGGGUUGAGAACUCGUUUUGCGACACCACACUCGUGGGGUGGUGGCUGGAGCUUCCCCCUGAGCUCCUUCCUGCCUCCCCACACAAGAACGUCACCAGCAGAGACAUGGCAUCCGUCGCGCAGGCGACCAUCAAGUCGUUCGAACACAUGCAGCGACACGACAUCACCAGCGGCUGCUUCUACGCUGAGAGAGUCAAGGCCGCCAAGGACAGCCCUCAGCCUCUGAGUGGCCUAUCUCCUACAUACGCCCGCAACGGGGGCGACAACAGCUGGAGGGAUGCGCGGGGCGGCGACUGUGUGUCUCACGAUGUGUCGUCAUUUGUGGAGAAUGGAGGAGAUGUUUUUGUCUCCAGCUGGGACCAAGACGACGAGGUGAGGUGCUCUCAGAGUCACAACAAAAAGGACCCUCUGCAUCUUUCGUGUCAUCCAUCAUCUAUCUAUUGCUGUCCGGGCUGUCUGUCUGUCUGUCUGUCUGUCUGCAGCGCGAGAGGGUCCCGUCUGUGAGCCACGGUGGCAGGAGACACAAGAGACGCGGCAAGAUCGACUCGAGGCUGAAGGCUCCCGGACAAGCAGCUUCCACCAGGAAACCAUGGGAUCGGAAGCACUUCAGCUGGCGCAGCAAAGCAGACGUCGAAGAGAGGGUCAGUGAGUGGACGCAUGGAGGGAAUACAUACAAACAGACAACACCUUUGAGACAGACACAGGCUUGUUCUUCUAUGCCCUCUGUCCAGACAGGCAUUGCCUUCCCCGAUGACGGUUGGGACCAUAUCAACGGUCUGGUUCCCCCUCCCCCAGACCAGCGUACGUGUGGUUCAUGCUACGCUUACGCCACCACAUCCAUGAUCACGGCAAGGUGGGCCCAGACAGCCACCUUGUGCACCAGCACCCGUGCACUGCACAUCAAUGCCGCUUUCAUCUCUCUCGCAGGUUAUGGCUUCGAUACAUAAACGAGAAGGAGGUGUUCAGGAGACUGAGGGCAUCGCCAGAACACGUACAUGAGGGACAGACAGGGAGAGACAGCGGCACCCCCAUUCCACUGACUGAUACGAUCGAUCCAUGCCUUCAGGCAUACAAGUGCAGCGUCUACAACCAAGGCUGCAAGGGCGGCUACCCCUUCCUCGUUGGCAAAUUCACUAACGAAGUCGGCCUUAGAUCUGAGCAGUGCGUCAGCGCCACCCGGGAGCAGCUCACGAGAACAAACACCACACAACUCAGCCACAGUGACGCCCUACUCGACGCGCACAUGUGCAAUCUCCUCGGCGGCCAGAUCAGCCCCCGAGGAGCCCUGGACUGUCGCCUGCCCGAGCAGCCGCUGGUGGACCCAUUGCCGGAGGAGUGUGCGUAUGUGAUCCACGUCUCUCAGUGGACGUAUGUGGGCAGCAAGGGGGUCAUGUCUAUGUGCUCUGAGGAGGCCCUGAGGGAGGAGAUAUGGCGGGCAGGGCCGGUCACGGUGUCGAUUGAGCCCGAAGGUGGGUGGGCGGAGACAUCAGGUGGCACACGAUACUAUCAAUGUGGGAUGGAUGGAUGGCUUGUGUGUGUUGGUGUGGGUGUGGUGACAGGUGCGUUCAACGCGUAUCGCGGCGGGAUUCUGAAUGCGACCUACCUGCCUGAGAAGAAGGCAGUGGGCAAGGACGACCUCAGCUGGCAAAAGGUAGAUCGGUCAGCGGAGACACGCACAACACAGCUAGAGGCAUGAAACUCAUCCAUCUGGUCGUCUGUCUGUCUGUCUGUCUGUCUGCAGGUGGACCACUCUGUGUUGCUGGUGGGGUGGAGUGAGGACCAACACAAAGAAGAGAAGUAUUGGGUCGUCCAGAACUCAUGGUCGGUCGGUCGGUCAGCACACAGACAACAGACAGACCAGGCCAUGCACACAAACAUUUUUCCCUUGUGUAUGUCCUGAACUGAACAGGGGCAGCGUGUGGGGUGAGGACGGCUACAUGCGGAUACUGCGUGGGGCGGAGGAGCUGUCUGUAGAGUUCAAGGGUGUGGCUGCCGAGGUGGCGCUGUACAAGAGCGACGACCCGUCACGGCCGGCGAGGAGGGGGGGGGAUGCUCGUGCCGUAUGUCAGCGCAUCGUAAAUCAAUCGACCAGGAGUGGAGUGCAUCGUGAAUGGGUGAUGCGAUCCAUGGGGUGUGGUGUGUGUACGGUAGUGGUCCGUUUGCGUCUGCCUGUCAAGGCCAAGCCACGACCAUUACGUCUCAUCUUUGUCUGUCUGUGUGUGCGGUCCAACUCGUACCAACGUCCGUCAGUCAGGCAUUGUGCAACCACAGCAGGCAAAGCAAGUCCCACCUCAUGGAUACAGCUUGCACAGCCGCCAGAUCUCAACGAGAAUAUUCUCUCUCUGAAUACUCCCGCCAAGAUCCUGAAGCUGUUCAAGACAUAUCCAUGA